AUGCCCAACGCCGAGGAUCCCCCGCAGAACGAGUCGAGACUCCUCCUCGUUUCGAACAGAUUACCAAUUACGAUAAAGCGCUCCGAAGAUGGCAAAUAUGAUUUCUCCAUGUCCUCCGGAGGUUUAGUCAGUGGUCUGAGCGGUCUAUCGAAAACUACAACUUUUCAAUGGUACGGCUGGCCCGGCCUGGAAGUUCCAGAAGAGGAGAUCCCUAUUGUGACGGACAGACUGAAGGAUGAGUACGGGGCUAUUCCUGUGUUCAUUGAUGAUGAACUCGCAGACCGACACUACAAUGGAUUUUCCAACUCAAUUCUCUGGCCUCUAUUCCACUACCACCCCGGUGAGAUUACAUUCGACGAGUCUGCGUGGGAGGCGUACAAGGAUGCAAACCGCCUAUUUGCGCAAGCCGUUGCGAAGGAAGUGCAAGACGGCGACUUGAUUUGGGUCCACGAUUAUCAUUUGAUGCUCCUUCCGGAGAUGCUCCGAGAGGAAAUUGGAAACAAGAAGAAAAACAUCAAGAUUGGAUUCUUCCUUCACACCCCGUUCCCCAGCAGUGAAAUCUACCGAAUUCUACCCGUACGAAAUGAGCUGCUACUCGGACUUCUUCACUGCGACCUCAUUGGCUUCCAUACGUAUGACUACACAAGGCACUUCCUGAGUGCUUGUUCAAGAUUACUGGGACUCCCAACGACUCCCAAUGGAAUUGAAUUCCAAGGCCGCAUUGUCGCUUGCGGUGCGUUCCCGAUCGGUAUUGAUCCGGAGAAGUUCAAAGAAGGGUUGAAGAAAGAGAAGGUUCAGAAACGAAUUGCAAUGUUGGAGCAAAAGUUCCAAGGCGUCAAGCUUAUGGUGGGAGUCGAUCGUUUGGACUACAUCAAGGGUGUCCCUCAAAAACUUCAUGCGCUCGAGGUCUUCCUUAGCGAUCAUCCAGAAUGGGUUGGAAAGGUAGUUCUGGUCCAGGUUGCCGUUCCCAGCCGACAAGAUGUGGAAGAGUAUCAGAACUUGAGGGCCGUCGUCAAUGAACUUGUCGGUCGAAUCAACGGAAAGUUCGGCACUGUCGAAUUCAUGCCGAUUCAUUUCCUACACAAGUCAGUCAACUUCGAUGAACUGAUCGCUUUAUACGCCGUGUCAGACGCCUGCAUUGUCUCUUCGACUCGUGAUGGCAUGAAUCUCGUCUCCUACGAAUAUAUCGCUACGCAAGAGAAGCGACAUGGGUCUUUGGUUCUGUCUGAAUUCGCCGGUGCCGCGCAAAGUCUUAAUGGCAGCAUCAUCGUUAACCCUUGGAACACCGAGGAGCUGGCCGCAGCCUAUCACGAAGCUGUGACGAUGAGCGAUGAGCAGAGGGCGCUGAACUUUUCCAAACUGGACAAAUAUGUCAACAAGUAUACAAGCGCCUUCUGGGGUCAAUCCUUCGUCACCGAGUUGAAGAGAAUCUCAUCGCAAGGAGCAAAUAAAAUUCCCAGCAAGGAGACUACCGAAAAUGGCACAGCGCAAGCUAAGCCAGUCAGCACCUCGUAA